AUGUUUUUGUUUGUUAUUAGCAUGUUCGCAGAAUGACAGAUAGGGCCAUUUCGUUUUGACUCUAGUUAUUUCCUGAAUUUUGUCUUUAUAUUGUCAGUCCUUGAAGAAACAUGUAUCCGAAUGACUUCGGCCGAGACAGCCGAGACCUGUCGAAAGUAAUAGCGCUGUUUGAAACUUUAAGCAACAAUGAACUAAAGGAGCUCUUGGACGACGAUGCAAAGCUUGACACUUUCUUGAGGGAUACGAAACAGGUUGAUGGAUUGGACGAGAUUACUACAGAGAAAGAGAUGAUCCUGGCGAGCAACAGAUCUCUAGCUGAAUUCAAUUUAUCAAGGGAAAGGCAAUUAACAGAAGGGAAACUUCAAUUGCAGCAGUCUAGUGAACAAGGACAAAAACUUUUGGAGAGCAUAGAAGCACUUGCAGCACAGCUUAAAGAAAAGUCUGGUUCAACUAAUUCUGAGACAGUUCUGGCUCUUCUGCAAACAGCAGCUGCAGAAAUGGAGGAAGAAUCAGAGAAAGUGGCAGAAAGAUUUUUAGAGGGUGAAAUUGAUGUGGAUGCCUUUUUAGACCAGUUCCAGACUACCAGGAAGAUAAUGCAUUUGCGCCGGGUCAAGGCAGAUAAGAUGUCUGACCUGCUCACCAAGAAACCGUCUCAAGGACCUGCCCCCUAUCCCACAUUCCCUACCGGAAAUGUGCCAUAUUAUCCACCAGCCCCUCCUGUUGGUGGUGCUCCAUAUCCAAUGGGCAAUUUCAACAUGCCUCUGCCGUACCCCACACCACGUUAUUAGCUUUUCAACAUUUUUCAAUCAAAAUGUCUGUUGUGAUGUAUAUUACAGUACUUUAAUUUUAAUCUGGUGGUCUUGUAAUUAAUUUUUCCACCUCCUCUGUCAUUUACUCGUGCGAUCUAGAUGUGAGGAUGUUAAAAAUAAACAGCCGGAACAACUGAUAAUUUGUGUGUAUUUUGCCAUGUUACUAGCUUUUCAAUCUUAUUGUAUUGUUGUCGAUUGUGAUGUAUGUAAUAAUAUCUUAAUUUUAGUCUA